AUGAGCGCGGUCGUGAGUAAGCUGGCAUAUGGUGCGACUCAUCAGAUUCUAAUCGUGAACCUAGAUUCUCGAGAUCCUUCGUCACAUUGCCCGUUCUGCGAACGUGGUUUCCUCCGCCACGAUGCCCUUCGGCGACACUUCAAAACGUGCUCCAAAAAGGGCGAGAACGAUCUGGAGCCUUCACUGCAACGGGGAAGGAGGCGUCAUGCAUGCAUUCAUUGCCAACUAAAGAAGGUUCAGUGCGAUGGGAAAGAACCUUGCGGACGCUGCUCAUUGAGUCAAGCUAAGUGCUCUUACGUGCGAGGGUCACCGGGUGCCGUAACGACAGUUCUUGAUCGAACGCCGAACCAUGAGGGUCGUGUGAGCAAGGCUUGUGCUGAUCAAUCGCGCUUCCCCUUGCCUUUCUUACUGAGCUACACGGAUCCCAGGUUCGAAUCAAUCACAUAUGCGUUUGCGGCAUCAGGCGCGCUUGUCGAAACAGUGUUCAAUGAGGAAGAUGACCCGAUGUACGACAUUUAUGACGAACCAAGCAAAGUGAACUCCAGGAUGCGGUCCGACGGUCUUAGCAUCCAAUCUAGAGUCGACGAGAUCAUUCAAACGCUCGCUUUCCAGCACCAAUUGAGUACGGGUGCAACCGAUACCAGCUACGACCAGUUCCCAGUCGAUGCGGCCAGUCAAGUAUUUACUCCGCACAUUCUACUGCGCUAUGUCUCAGCAUACUUUCAAUAUUUCCAUCCACACUUCGCAUUCAUCCACCGUCCCACAUUCGAUAUACAGCACGCUUCCCUGCCACUACUCGUCGCGGUCGCACUUGCUGGAUCGGCACACUCUCCGCCCACGGACGACGCUUUGUCAGCUCCUUGUCUCUACAGCGUGGCGGAGGAAUAUAUCUUUCGAUGUCUACAAGGCGUGGUCUAUACGGGUGCCAAAGUGGAUGAAGUGGUCAUUCAGACAAUUCAAGCCGCUGUGUUGAUCAACGCGUUGCUGUACAGUUCCACCGAUCGAGCAAUAGCUCGGAGGGGACUAUUCCACCGAUUUCCAGCCUUAUCCACCGCGGUAAGGUCUCUGGGUCUGGUGAGAUCGAAACGAGCGAUGCCCUUGCAAAGCAUGUCGUGGGAACAGUUCGUCGCAGACGAGAGCAAGAUAAGAACCGCUGCGGCAGUCUUCUUUUCGGGCGGUGUAAGCACCAUCACGUUCAACAACGCCGUGCAACUGCCUGUGUCCGAAAUGGCGGGUGACCUUCCUUGCGCUGACGCACUGUUUGAAGCUUCCUCGCCGGGCAAAUUCGCGCAGCUAGUCACGAAUUCUGCCUGCGAUACAAGGCAGAGCCUCAGCUUGAAAGAGUGGAUAUCCUUGUAUCUUCAGGAUACCUGGCCCGGAUAUGAGCAUGCCAUGUCCAUGUCGAUCGAUCCCAAAGUUUUGACCACACAUAUAGUUGCUCUCCACUCCAUCAUCUAUGCCGCGCGAACAAGUCUCCUAGCCUCUUCUUCAUACACCGCUCUCCUCCGCGCCACAAACCGCUGGAAAGAGCUCUACGACGUCGUAUACGCACACUCUAAUAUCAGCGAAACGCAACUCGUUGGCUUCGUGAAAUAUAGCGUCGAGCUGUGGUGGCUCGCGCGAAAGCUUCUCGAACUGGCUCACACGGGAAAAGAUAAAAGUAGGUAUCUGGCUGGCACGCCGACGGACUCGCGACGGGAUCUAAGGAACUUUGUUGAAAGAUAUGGGUCAGAGUUGUAG